AUGCUGCGGUGGUCUCGUACAUCGUCCACCGAGGACCUCCGGCGCCUGCGAGCAACGGGCGCAGGGGUCUCUUGUGGUCCCGGGACGAACUCCUCUCAUUUAGAGCCGGUUACAUCCCGGGACGGUUGGGUGUCUGAGCAGACGCCCUGUCGAGACAGUGGCUGCCGUGGGACAGUCUUGGCCGAGGCUACGCCUCACCACCUGCAGAUCCAGAGCAGUUCAGGACCCAUGUAUCUUGCUGAUAGGCACAACCUGCAUGUUACUAAAACUCUUUGUCCAGCACCACCUGUAGAUCCAGCACCACCUGUAGAUCCAGUAAAUCCACACCCCUGUGAGCUUCUGAGCUGUAGUGAUAAUGAAUAUUGUGGGGAGAAAAAUGGCUUCUAUGGCUGCUUGUGUGAUGUGGAGCAUGCCAGACCAAACCCUGAUUAUUACGAUGCCACUGAAAUGUGUGAUGGCAGCUCCGGCACCAUGUCUCUGUCCCGCUGUCAGCUGUUUGAAGCUGGAUUUCCUGAUAAUGAACUUCACUUAAAUGACCCCAGCUGCAGAGGAACAGUCCAAAAUGACAGACUGGUUUUCCACUUUGAUAAUGAUAACCACCUCUGUGGCACACAUCUCACGGCCAACGGCACCCAUAUCAUCUAUGAGAACCAAAUCCAAGCGGAGGUGGACACAGUAGGAGACGUUAUUAACAGGAUAAAAACACUGGAGCUUUCUUUCUCCUGCGUGUACAAGAUUAGUGAGACAUCUAGCAUGAACAAUAAGCUCAACCCUAUUCAGAGUAUUGUCAGCAGGCAUUUUCCAGAUGGAGUGGGCAUGUACCAUGUCACAAUGAUUCCCUAUAUGGAUGCUGGCUUCUCUCACCCUUACACUGGCAGUGUGAAUAUAAUAGUGGGCGAACCACUCUACAUAGAAGUCUCUGUUCAAGAAAUGGACAGCACUCAGAUUGGCCUGGUGAUGGAUACAUGUUGGGCUACACCUGUAAAUGACAGGUCCUACCCUGUCCACUGGGACCUGAUUACUCAAAGCUGUCCAAAUGACAACACAGUGAUUAUUUACCGGAAUGGUUCACCCGGAUUUGGACAAUUCUCCUUCGACAUGUUUACUUUUGAAGCAGAAGGAUCUCAGGUUUUCCUUCACUGCAGCGUUCACCUUUGCCUUCUGGAAAGUAACUGUGCAGUGACUUGUCCCCCUGGAGCUCCCCAACGUGUAGGCAGAUCUGUGGACAACCAAAAUGGAGCCUUCAUCUCCAUGGGGCCUUUUAAUAUGGUCAACUAAAAAUAGAGAUGUUUAGCCCCUAGAGGAACGACAACGUCCUUUCUUGAAUUUCCUGACCCUCAGAACCAUUUUCUGAAAGCAAACAUUAACAGCAAUGAUUUUUGCAUUAUUUAAACCUUUACAUCUGUCUAUUUUAGUGAUUUAAUAUUUAUUCCUAUUAUUAUUAAUUUGAGGGUGAAUGAAAUUUGGGAAUUAAUAAUCAGAAUUUAUGAUAAAUUAACUAAUUGAUAUUAAUGUUUUAUGUGAUUUUUUUUAACUAUUUGAAGUAAGAUCAGAUUGUUAUUUAACUUGUGGUGUUAUAAUCAAUUAUUUACUUUGGCCUAUUGAAUGAUUCUGUGGUAAA